UUGCAUUUAAUUUUAAACAAAUAUUAUUUUUCAUACAGUUUAAGCUUGCAACGCCGUGUAACAAAGCCAGUGUACUAAUGUCCAUAACCUUACUGCGAGGUGGCAAGCAAAAGACAACCACUUGCGUAGGAAUGACCGUAAUGGCCAAAACUACAAUUGAAGAAAUAUGCGAGAAUGCCAAAUUAGCACGAGACAUGGCCCUCACUGGCAACUACGACUCUGCCUGCAUCUACUACGAGGGAUUGCAGGGCAUGCUGGCGCGCCUGCUCAAAGGCACUGUGGAUCCGCUGCGCAAGGGCAAAUGGAACAUGAUCAAUCAGCAGAUCAGUCAGGAGCACGCUAAAAUCAAGGCCAUACAACGCACACUGAUGGACAUUUCGUUGGAUUUGCAGAAUACGAAAUUUGCCCACAAGCUGCGUGCACAGCUCAGCGAGGAGAGCAAUGUGAGUAAAGAUCCCGCUGCUUGGUUUAAACCGGAUCCGGAUAUAUGGACGCCGCCACCAAAAGAUCCGGAUGUGUGGGGACCACCGAAACCGCCGCCAGUUCAAACAGUCGGUCGUCGUGCAGCAGCAACAACAACAAAUAGCCGGCGAACAACGACUGGCAACAGACCCAGCACAAUCCCACAGAGCACUGCCCGCAAUGGAACGGCGCGCAGUGGCCGCCAGUCGUCCUCGGCAACAGCGGCAUCCACCUCCAGCAGCGCACGUAGCGGCGGCGCCAAUGGUCGAGUCACCGGCGGCCGCAAAUUGUCCACCUCAAAUGCUGCUAGCAACAAUAACCAUAACAACAACAACAACGAUGGCAAGGAUGAUGAUCCAGCGUCAGCGAUCACCAAUGGCUACAACAUCGAUGGCGAUGCGGGCGACCAACAAUCAGCCGAAGAGGAACGCAAAUUUCAGCCCAACAAUCACAUCGAAGCGGAGCUUGUCGACAUAUUGGAACGUGAUAUUUUGCAAAAGGAUCCCAAGGUGCGCUGGAGCGACAUUGCCGAUCUGCAGGAUGCCAAGCGGCUGCUCGAGGAGGCCGUUGUCCUGCCCAUGCUGAUGCCCGACUAUUUCAAGGGUAUACGACGUCCGUGGAAGGGCGUUUUAAUGGUUGGUCCACCCGGCACGGGCAAAACAAUGCUGGCCAAGGCGGUGGCCACCGAAUGUGGCACAACAUUCUUCAACGUCAGCUCCGCCACACUGACAUCCAAAUAUCGGGGGGAAUCUGAGAAAAUGGUGCGCCUGCUGUUCGAGAUGGCGCGCUUCUAUGCGCCCAGCACCAUUUUCAUUGAUGAGAUUGAUUCGCUGUGCUCGCGUCGCGGAUCGGAGUCGGAGCACGAGGCAUCGCGUCGCGUCAAAUCGGAGCUGCUGGUGCAAAUGGAUGGCGUCGGCGGUGGCGAGGAGCAGGCCAAGGUUGUCAUGGUGCUGGCAGCUACCAAUUUCCCCUGGGACAUCGAUGAGGCACUGCGUCGCCGGCUGGAGAAGCGUAUCUACAUACCGCUGCCGACAGACGAGGGUCGCGAGGCAUUGCUUAAGAUCAAUUUGCGUGAGGUGAAGGUCGACGACACUGUCGAUCUCAACUAUGUGGCCAAUCAGCUGGACGGCUACUCCGGAGCCGACAUAACCAAUGUGUGCAGGGAGGCCAGCAUGAUGUCGAUGCGACGGAAGAUAGCAGGCUUGACGCCGGAGCAAAUUCGUCAGCUGGCCACCGAGGAGGUGGAUCUGCCCGUGUCCAACAAGGACUUCAACGAAGCCAUCAGUCGCUGCAAUAAGAGUGUGUCCAGAGCCGAUCUGGACAAGUAUGAAAAAUGGAUGAGGGAAUUCGGUUCGUCAUGAUGGCCCUUAACCGCCCUCCUCUCCUCAACCAUCUUAGGCAUACAUCUAUAUCUAAACAUCUAUUUUUUGAUAACAACCACAACAACAGCAACAACAAACUGUUGUCAACAAGCUUUUAAAGUGUAAACCGGCCGUAAAGAAAAACAAAAAGUUGAACAUAUUUUAUAUAUAACAUAUUAUAUUUAUAUAUAUAUAUAUGUGUAUAUUUGAUAUAUGCAUAUAUAAACACGAAGCGUUGGAAUUCAAAAGACUAACAGUUCUUAAAAGAGGAAAUAUAAAUAACACAAGAAUUAAAUCGAAGCCUAGGCAAAUGUGAAAUUGUGAAAGCUAAGCAAAAAAAAAAGAAAAGAAAAGAAAACCUCAUUUGCCCCUAGGUUCAUCUAAAAAGCAAUCACAACAUUUAUAUACAUAUAGCAUAUGCACGAUCCUUCCAAUCCCAAUUAAUUAGUGAAACACAACAAUUUCCAAAACUCAUUCUAAUCUAAGCCUCAAUUAAACAUGCCUCCCAAGCCAUUGGCUACAUUUUUAACAUAAUUAUUAAAUGUUUUUAUUUCAUUUUGCCCGAAAUGAUAUAAUUUUUUUAAAACACACGCGUACUCAACAGUUUUCACUUUCUUAUUAAUGUAAUUAAUUUUCGCUUAAUUUAUAUAUAUAUAUAUCUAUACAUAAAAUAUCAUAGUUUAUAGUUUUAAUACAGAAUGAAGUGAAGGCAGCGAAUGUACUUAAAAUGCAAUACUGAACAUUUUAAACAAUAAACACCAGAUUUUAACUCGUGCAA